GGUGUGGGCGUGGCCUGUCCGUAAUUGACAGCGCGCUCGCCCAAUGAGGGGCGGAGCUUCGCCGCCUCCCCGAAACCCGCACACCCGAGGGGGGGUCACGACGGAGCCCCGCAGGAUGGAGACCCUGGAGACCCCCGCGCCCCGCGGGGAGCGGGCGCGGCGCCGGGGGCCGCCCCUGCCCGGGGCUCCCGGGGCUCCCGGCGGCUCCGGCGGUGCCGGUACCGAGCUGCGGCGGCUGCGGUUCCGCCAGUUCCGCUACCAGGAGGCGGCGGGGCCGCGGGACGUGUGGCGGCGGCUGCGGGAGCUGUCGCGGCGCUGGCUGCGGCCCGAGGAGCGCAGCAAGGAGCAGAUCAUGGAGCUGCUGGUGCUGGAGCAGUUCCUGAGCAUCCUGCCCGAGGACAUCCAGAGCUGGGUGUGGGUGCGGCACCCCGAGUCCUGCGCCCAGGCCGUGGCGCUGGCAGAGAGCUUCCAGCCCGGCCGGGCCCAGCCCAGCGGGCUCUGGGAGCAGCAGGUGACCGUGAGGGUGAAGGUGGAGGACGUGGCCCCCGGGGACGUGGAGGACCCCGGAGCUCUGGGGGUCCCCCCGAGCCCCCCGUCGGAGCCCCCCCGGGAGGAGGCGGCGGCCGAGGAAGAGGAGCCGCGGGAAGGAGGUCCCACCACGGCCCCGGAGCCGCCCCGACCCCGGAGCGGAGCCCCCCGGCACCAGCCCCGGCGGGACCCCCCCGCCGGUGCCACCGCGGAGCCGCCGGCGCGGGCCGCACGCCUGCGGUCAGUGCGGCAAAGCCUUCGGCCGCCUGACCCACCUGCGCACCCACGAGCGGACGCACACGGGCGCCAACCCUACGGCUGCGGCCAGUGCGGCAAAGCCUUCGGCCACCUGUCCACGCUGACCACGCACCGGCGGCUGCACACCGGCGAGCGGCCCUACGGCUGCGGCGCCUGCGGCAAGAGCUUCACCAACCCCUCGGACCUCAACAAGCACCGGCGCUCGCACACGGGCGAGCGGCCGUACCCGUGCCCGGCCUGCGGCAAGCGCUUCAGCCAGCAGUCCAACCUGGCCAUGCACCGCCGCAGCCACACGCAGGAGCGGCCCUACCCCUGCCGCGCCUGCCCCAAGAGCUUCAAGUACCUGGCGGACCUGACGGUGCACCAGCGCUCGCACACGGGCGAGCGGCCCUUCCCCUGCGGCCUCUGCGGGAAGGGCUUCAGCAACAAAUCCUCGCUGGCCCGGCACGCGCGGAUCCACGCCCGGGACAAGUGACGGCGGGACGGGGGGGCCUGGGGGGCGGGCGGA